UUUUGGCUGUCUUAAUCAACCAACGGCCCACUGACCGCCUGCCGCGGCACUCUGUCUCAGACACUCUGAGGGCGUACCUGGAGCGCACCAAGCAAGGCAAGUACGACCAGGCCGAGAUGGCGCGCCUGGCCGCCGAAAAGGAGCGUCGACACAAGGAGGAGGAGCAGAGGGCGGCCGGCAUCAGCGUCGGCGACCGGUGCCAGGUGGCGCGGCCAGCCCAGCUGCCUGCGCGCGGCACAGUCCGCUUCUGCGGGCCGACUGAAUUCAGCGCUGGUAUCUGGGUCGGUGUCCAGUGUGAUGAGCCUGUGGGCAAGAACAACGGCAGUGUCGGCGGUAAGCAGUACUUCGAGUGUGCAGACAAGUACGGGCUGAUGGUGCGACCGGCUGCCGUCACCGUCGGCCACUUCCCCGAACAAGAUCUCCUGGACGACGACGAGAUGUGAGUGCCGCGCGCCGCCUCGGACAGUGGUGCGACCGGCCACUGCAGCCUCGCUCACCAGCUGUGCCGCGCCGCCCCAGGGCUCGGCGACGGCGCCGCCACGGCCCGCCGGCCGCCAUUCCGACGUCAAAGUGGUCGCUACAUUGUUAAUGUGUUUGCUGUUUGCGCUUGUUUUCCUCGUCUUAUUUUAAAGCGUGAAAUGUGGCUACAGAAAGUGAGCUUUGAGUAGCAACUUUGUUAACAAAUAAAUCCGUUACAAA